AUGAUCCUAGCGCUGACCGAAAAGUCGCCGGGUGCGGUCUCGAGACGACGCCACAAGAAGAAGAGGAGCUCGCGCGGCAAGGAAACUGCUGUAGGCGACGCGAGAGGCAAAGCUCAAGCCACGGACGGCUCGCUCGGCCUAGUACUUGCAACGAACGACGCUAGCAAGAUCGGGCGAGGCGACUGGAUCCUCGACAGCGGCGCAAGCCGACAUCUAGUGAACGACGAGUCGCUUCUGCUUGACUCAUCCUCUUGUAGUCACGAGAUCGCCAUGGCGGAUGGCGAAUCGUUGCGACUGACGCGUGCUGGAAACGUGCGCCUCGAGGUCCUCGCGCGUGGUGUAAAGACGGUCGUGACGCUCGCGGACGUGUAUCUGGCACCGCGACUGGCGAAGAAUAUCGUGUCGUACGUGAAGCUUGAGAGCAAGGGCUACGGAAUCGUUUACGACGGCGACAAGCGGGCUCUUGAUCGACGCAGUGACGGCAUAGUCGCGUUCGACGUCGCGACCGACAGCAACGUGCUAUAUGUGGAGACGACAGCGACGAGUCGGAGACACGGCGACGGCGAUGCAAUCUUGACCGCGCUCGAAGCACAUUCGGCAGAAGCAAGCGCAGACGAUGCGCACGAGGCCACUCUGCUGCACUGGCACCAGCGGCUCGGGCACCUCGCGUUCGACACGAUCGUUCGAAUGGCGCGCGAUCCGGCCUCGGGCAUCAAGCUCAGCAGCGACAAGCGCAUGGCGUGCGUGUCGUGCAUGGAAGGGAAGCAGACGCGCAGUGCGCAGUCGCAGGAGGACAGCGGCACCAACUCGCCUAUCGAUCGCAUCGGUGGCGUCAUCUGCUCGGACCUUGAGGGCCCGAUGACGCCGCGGGACCGACUACACAACCGGUACUUGGUCAAUCUCAUCGACCACAAGUCGAACUACUGCCGCGUGUUUCUCGCGCGCACCAAGGACGCUGCGGCAAAGCAUUUUGAGGCGUUCCACAUUCACUUCGAGCGGCGUUUCGGGUUCAAGAUCCACGUCUUGAGGACAGACGGCGGCGGCGAGUACGCCAACAUUGACCUGUUUUGCAAACGCACGGGUGUCGCGCGCCAGGUGUCGGAGGCGCGAAACCAAGCUUCAAACGGAAAGGCGGAAAGGAUGCAUCGGACGCUGUUAAAUCUCGCGCGCAGCAUGAUGUUCGCGAGCGCGCUGCCAUUACAGUACUGGGGCGACGCCGUCCAGUACGCCGUGUACAUCCUGAACAGGAGCCCGACGCGCGCAAACGAGAAGCGAGCGUCGCCACUCGAGAUGCUGACGGGCAAGGUGCCGGAUCUGCGCGGCAUCGUCGUCUUCGGCUCACCGUGCAGUGUCUACCGCGAUCCGCGCAAGAACUCGCUGCUGAAGCGAUCACAGCACGGGAUCAUCGUCGGUGUGGUCGUCACGCAGCACGUCAAGGACAUCGCGACGCUGUCGGAGGCGCAGAACGCGCAGCUCCAGCGCGCGAUGGACGCCGGCGACCGAGCUGGUGACACGGAGGAGGCCGAGACGACAGUUGCAGCCAUCACGAAAGCAGCAGCUCGACAGGAGGAGUUAGCUGAGAGCGGAGAAGUGGUGAACACGGCUUUCGAGCGCGAUCCGAUAAGCUACAGCGAGGCGAUGCGCGGUGGCAAGCGUGACGGCUGGAUGAAGGCCAUAAGAGAAGAAGUAGCAGCUCUUCAGAGCAACGACGUGUGGACGAUCGUGAAGCGCGCGCCAGGGACGCACGCGCUACCAACGAAGUGGGUCUACAAGACCAAGACGGACGCGCAGGGCAACCUCGAGCGACUGAAGGCGCGUCUGGUCGCGUGCGGCAACGAGCAGGUGCUCGGCGUCGAAUAUAAGCUCACCUUUGCCGCAGUGAUGGAUCUCACGACGGUCAAGGUGAUCCUGGCACUCGCGGCCACGUGGGGGGUGCCUUCCAAGCACGGCGGCAUCCCAAACGCGUACGUGAAGGCGGAGAAGGAGGCGCAUCUGCGCAUCUUCCUCCAGAUGCCGCGCGGAAUGCAGGUUUCGGAGGAGACGCUUCGUACGCACGGUGCCACAAGUGCGAGCGAGCUCGUGCUCGAGCUCCGCAAGAUCCUGUACGGCCUUAAGCAGGCAGGCAGGCUGUGGAGCCUGCUGCUGCACGCCAAGCUGGUCGAUGCCGGUUUUGUGCGCUGCGAGAGCGACAUGUGUUUCUACUGGAAGCGGGAAGGUGCGGAUCUAGUAGUCGUCGGCGUGUAUGUCGACGAUCUCCUUGCGACAGGCACUAGCGCGGCGGCGGUGGAGAUUCUCUACGAAAGCCUCGCGUCGCUUUCGAUAAAGGACUUGGGCCAAGUCAGCAAGUUUCUGGGCAUGCGCGUGCAGCUUGCCUGCGAGGGAGGAUACAAGCUCGACCAGGAAAAGGCGAUUGGCGACCUCGUGAGAGACAACGGACUCGUCGAUGCCAACCCGACACGAACGCCGAUCGGCGACGACUGCUACGAGAUCGAAGCGGACGACACGGCGCUCUUAGGAACCACGGGCGCAAAGACAGGAGCGACGGUGCGCGACUUCCAGUCGCUGGUCGGCUCUCUGCUGUAG